AUGGAGCGUAAAAUCCCGGACUUCUCCGGCACUUGGGAAAUGAAGAGUUCUGAAAACUUUGAAGAGCUCUUAAAAGUGUUGGGUGUAAACGUGAUGCUGCGAAAGAUCGCGUGCAAGGCAGCGUCCAAGCCCUUGGUGGAGAUCACGCAGGACGGCGAGACCCUGUCCAUUAAGACCUCCACCACCGUGCGGACCACCCACAUCACUUUCACCGUGGGACAAGAGUUCAACGAGAGCACGGUGGACGGACGCCCCUGCACGAGUUCUCCACGUUGGGAGACGGACAGCAAGAUCAGAUGCGAGCAGACCCUGCAGAAAGGGGAGGGGCCUAAAACCUCCUGGACCCGUGAGAUAACCAACGACGGCAAGCUGAUCCUGACCAUGGGAGCAGAUGACGUGGUGUGCACCAGAGUCUACGAACGACAAUGA